AUGGAGGAAAAGUUCGACAUUGAGACAGAGUUAGUCCGUCUCGGAUUUGAGGACCAGUACAACUCAUGUAACCCUCCCCUUUACCAGACUGCAACGUUUAGGCAGGACUCUCUUAGUAAUAUGGGAGCUUAUGACUAUACAAGAUCUGGAAAUCCGACAAGAACGACGUUGCAGAAUUAUUUAAGUCGAAUUAUGGGUGCAAAGGCGACAUUUGCUGUCUCCAGUGGAAUGAGUGCCCUGGACGUCAUAGUCAGGUUGCUGGAUCCAGGUGACGAAGUCAUUGCAGGUGACGAUCUCUAUGGUGGAACUCACCGAUUACUAACAUUCUUGAAGAACAAAAAACAACUUAUCGUUAACCAUUACGAUACCACGGAUACUGAACUAAUGAAGCAAAAGAUUACAAAGAAUACUCGUAUGAUUUUUUUGGAAUCUCCAACGAAUCCACUGAUUAAGGUGGUGGACGUCAGAAGCAUCACAGCACAUGCGCAUGAAAUCAAUCCCAACUGUAUCGUCGUCUUUGACAACACGAUGAUGUCUCCAGUUCUGAUGUCUCCUUUGACAGAUCUUGGAGUGGAUAUUCAGUACGAAAGUGCAACCAAAUACCUAAAUGGUCACCAUGACAUCAUGUCGGGAGUGCUGGCCACCAACAGUGAAAAACUGGCCCAGGAUCUUUACUUUGUGAUCAAUUCUACCGGGUGUGGUCUAGCGCCUUUUGAUUGCUGGCUACUAUUGAGGGGAUUGAAAACUUUGGCAUUACGUAUUGAGAGACAACAGGAAAACGCAAUCAAGAUCGCUCAAUUCUUAAUCACCGUUCCAGGACUCAAAGUGAGAUCCGUUGCAUUGCCAGACCAUCCUCAAUAUGAAUUGCACAAGUCGAUGGCGAAGGGUCCAGGAGCAGUUCUCUCCUUUGAGACUGGAAGUGUUGAGACUUCAAGCAAGAUCAUAGAAGCGUGCAAGAUUUGGAGUAUCACGGUAUCCUUUGGCUGUGUGAACUCACUUAUAUCCCUACCAUGCCAAAUGUCGCAUGCUUCGAUCGAUCCUGACACCCGUGCUGAACGAGACCUUCCAGAGGAUCUGGUUCGACUGUGUGUGGGAAUCGAGAAUGUCAAUGACCUGAUCAAGGACCUGGCCGCUGCAUUGAGAGUAGGAGGAAUUAGCGUUCCCGCUCAAUAA